UUGUAGGCUUCGCUAGUUUCCUCAACCAAACACUCAACUGAUAAUUGUGUGAUAAAAACUGGAAGUCAGCCGGUGGACGAGGGGCUACAUAUUGAGAAAAAGCAAGCGAACCCAGCGGUCCUCGUCGUUAGAAACAAACUCGGUCUUUUGUGUACUGAACCCGGGUUCAUUGGCGAAGCAGACGGCGACAAGAAUCCUGUUUUUAAACCCACCAAAGGUUGGUUUUUAUUUUGCUCUGGCUGUCGAAAGGCGGGGAAUACAAAGCGACUUGUGGUCUAAUCUACACGAUUUUGGACUCAUUGAAGCAAAAACGGGAUUACUCCAAAGCCAGCUGUGCUGCUGUGACUGGUCAGCGAUAGUACAUGGAUUAUCUGUGUUUCCGGGCACUGUGCUGUAAAGGACCCCCGCCGCCAAGACCAGAGUAUGAUGUGGUGUGCAUUGGUCUGACGGGUGCUGGAAAGACCAGCCUGCUCUCACGCCUCUGUAAUGAGGGCAGCGACGGCAUCGUGCCCACGACAGGUUUCAGCAUCAAAGCAGUGCCAUUUCCUAAUGCAAUCUUGAAUGUAAAAGAACUGGGAGGAGCUGACAACAUCAAGAAAUAUUGGAGUCGUUACUACCAGGGGUCACAGGGUGUAGUCUUCGUAUUGGACAGUGCUUCAUCAGAUGAGGACCUUGAGGCAGCACGUAACGAGCUCCACUCAGCCCUGCAGCACCCGCAGCUCUGCACACUGCCUUUUCUCAUCCUUGCCAACCACCAGGACAAGCCUGCUGCGAGGACGCCAAACCAGGUCAAGAAGUACUUUGAGCUGGAGCCCCUGGCCAGAGGGAAGCGCUGGAUCCUGGAGGGCAGCACCACUGACAACAUGGAGGCAGUGAAGGAGAUCUUUGGUCAGUUCAUUAGCCUGUUGGAAGACAAAGACACAGAGCCUGCAAGGAUAUGAUGCUAACGCUGCUAAUACUAAGAGACAUUAGCGGCUAACAACAAAGAAACACCACAUCCUGCUGGUGCCCAUGUAUACACACUCAUGCACAAGCAUGUACACACAAAGAAAAUAGAGCAGAUGUUGUCCUCUCUCUUUGAGAAGUGUAUUGUACGUUAUCCUCCCUUCACUGAGCUCUCAUUUUUCAAAUUGGAAAAUUGGAGUGUGCGCAAGCAACAGUCAGCCACUACAACCUGACAGAGGAGAGCCGCCAUUAAACCCACCCAGUAUAAAGCAGUUUGUCAAGAAAAAUCAUUGAACUUUGCCAGAAAUGGAAAUCUUGUUUACUACUGUCUGUGCCAUUGUGAUUAAACCAAUGGCUUGUGGGACAUACGGCAUUCCUUCAGUCAUCUUCGGACACUAACACACACAUUCUCGCUCUUACACACACACACACACACCCACACACACACACCCACACUCAAACACUCACACAGGCGGGUGGUAUAUUUUGCACUACCAGAUAGAAACAUUUUGGAUAAAUUUUUACCACAUGUGUGACAGUUAAAUUUCAAUCCAUUGUUGUUAUGAUUCCACAGUAAUUCCUUAUGUGAGCGAGUUACAAGGCAUUUUAAAGUAAUUACAGUAAAAAUACAUUUUCAUAA